AUGCCUGAGGCCUUGGUAGUACUACCAACUAAAUCACCUCCAUCGUAUAUCCUUGUGUCCUUAAUCAUUGCAUCGUCUGUGAGUGAGAACAUCUCUGCUCCAGCAAAUAAAAAGAAGCUGGAAGACAACCUGGCUGCCUAUUACAGAAAGCAGAAGAAGUCAGCAACCCCUGUUACCGCUACAAUCACGACUAUCAUCCAUGAACCAAAUAACAUGAACCAAAUAACAUUGUGUACCUGGAUCUCUGUUGAUGGCACUCCUGUUAAUGCAACUGAUGUGGUCGAAACCUUUAAAGUUCCUCAUGUCAACUUGCUCAACACAGAUCUUGAAGUUGAGGUCUUGGUCCAGGUUUACAUUCCUGACUCGCUCACCGCUACUGAAGCGGAUCACGUCAUCAUAGGUGUUAGUGUAUCGGAAAGUGUGGAUUUAACCAGCGCCUCGUUCAGAAGUGACCUAGCGAGCAAACUUGCUACGGUGUAUCAGAACGCUAAGGGCAAGAUCAGUUCGCGGAGAAAGAAACGCAGCGGAAGCACAAGCGCAACUAUUAAAGACGCUGUCAGAAAAACUGAUUCCCAGGCCUCUGAAGUAGAUGUUACGUUUUUCAUGUUUGACUCUGGUAAAGUUGUGAACUCCAGUUAUGUGGUGUCUGUCAUGAAUCGACUGAGCACCAGCCAGAUGACCUCAUUAACCAGACCAUAUGCGAUCCUAACUGCUCCCAGACAAGCAGUAGUGCCGACCACUGAAAUACCGCCCUUCGUGGCUUCAUUACCAAUCAAAUGGUGGAUUAUUCCUGCGGUCAUCUGCCCAGUUUUAUUGUUUAUUAUUAUAGUGGGGUUAAUCUGGUGCCGAUGGAAGAAAGGAGCACCGACAUCCAAGGUCGAUCCACAUAGGGUUGAAAUGUUGGAAAAAGACAAGAGAAGGCCUGUCCAUGGGUUUGACGUAGCUCGUUACACCGAACCAGGAGUAUCUAAAGGUAUGAAGACAACGGCUUUUAUGGCGCGUUCCCCGACCUCUGGUACUGAUGAUGAGGAAGCUGAGGCAAAAUCCACAAGACGAGAAACUUCUUUGCGGAGAAAGGUUCCCAAGCGACCAAUACAGAAACUACCGGUUAGGGAACAAAGGCAGACAAACCCCGCCUUUGAGGAAGAGGAAGAAGAAGAAGGCGAAGAAAGCCCAGUAUCUGUCACACCUACUGGAAGUACUGAGGCGUUAACAAAAGGAAAAACGUCAGCAAAACCACCACCGGUCUCCAGAGAGCACCCUCCAGCCCAACCUCAGAGGCCUGUGGAACGAUAA